UUCACCAAUAUCAUAGUCCAUCAUAUUCCACAUAGACAAAUUCAAACCAAAAGUGCGUCAAAAUCCAAACCAAAACAAACGGUCACUACUUUCAAAAACCUCUCCCACUCUCACUCCUCAAUUUCAACAACAAUCUUUAACAAUUCUCAUCAACCUGUCUCAAAAAUCAAAUCUUUCUCACAUCAAUGGCUACUACUCUUAAUUACUCAUGCACCCCUCCAAAAGCCCCCAUCAACAACAACCCCAUUUCAGUUUCCAAGGUAAGGGUCAUAGUUAGGGUUAGACCCUUCCUCCCUCACGAAACCUCAAGAAAUUGUGAUGACCCAGUUUCUUGUAUCUCACUUUUAGAUCAAGAUUUUCAAUCCCAAAAUGAUGUAGCAGUUUAUCUCAAAGACCCAUUUACCAGUCGGAAAGAGUGUUACAAGUUGGAUUCAUUCUUUGAUCAAGAGGAUAAUAAUGUGGGUCAGAUAUUUGAGAGAGAAGUUAGUCCGAUGAUACCGGCUAUAUUCGGUGGAUGUAAUGCUACUGUGUUUGCUUAUGGUGCUACUGGUAGUGGAAAGACAUAUACUAUGCAGGGAACUGAAGAACAACCUGGCUUGAUGCCGUUGGCAAUGUCCACUAUCCUGUCUAUUUGUCAAAACACUAGUAGCACAGCUCAAAUUUCAUACUAUGAGGUCUACAUGGACCGAUGUUACGACCUCUUAGAGUUAAAAGCGAGCGAGAUUUCAGUUUUGGAUGGCAAAGAUGGCCAUAUUCACCUCAGGGGACUAUCUCAAGUUCCUGUAAAUACAAUGUCCGAAUUUCAAGAGGUCUUUUCCAGCGGUAUUCAGAGGCGCAAAACUGCACACACAGGCCUCAAUGACGUAUCCAGCAGGAGUCAUGGAGUGCUUGUGAUAUCUAUACUAUCAACUCCUCCCGAUGGGAAUGGAAGUUUUGUAUGUGGAAAACUGAACCUCAUAGACUUGGCAGGUUACCGUCCACUCAAUUGGGGUAAUGGGUUUGAUGUAUUGCAAGCAACGGAAGGACAUAAUGCGUUUAAGGUUGAUGCAGGUAAUGAAGACAAUAGAAGGAGCUGCAAUGAAGGGAUUCGUCUUCAAGAGAGUGCUAAGAUAAAUCAGUCCUUGUUUGCACUGUCAAAUGUGAUAUAUGCAUUGAACAACAACAAACCAAGAACACCCUAUAGAGACAGCAAAUUGACCCGUAUAUUGCAGGACUCUCUCGGGGGAUCUAGCCGUGCACUCAUGGUUGCUUGCCUGAAUCCAGGAGAAUAUCAGGAAUCUGUUCAUACUGUUAGUUUGGCUGCUCGAUCAAGGCACGUCUCUAAUUUUGUACCUUCAGCCCAUAAACUAGAGACAUCAAAAGUUAACGUUGACAUGGAAACCAAAUUGAAAGCUUGGCUAGAAUCAAGAGGUAAGACAAAGAGCUCACAACAAAGACUUGGAGCAUUUAAUUCUCCACUUGUGCAAAAAACUCCCGGUUCCACCAUUACCUCUGCUAAGAGAUCAGUUAAUUUCAAUAACUCAGUGAAGGGUGGAAGAACUUUCAUCAACCAAAAAGCUCAACAUACUACUGAGAGGGCCUUUGGUGUAUCUUUUAGAAAUUUACUAGAUGGUGAAGUUGCUUUUGAUUCUUGCAAAAAGAACAUGCAUUCUGGUGUUGAGGACAAUGAUAAGAGAGAGACUGAGCAUGAGGCCAAUAAGGCACCACUGGAAUCAUAUAAUGAUGUACCUGAUGAACCAUUAAGCAAAGAUGUACCAGCAGUACUACCAAGUCCAUUAAGAAAAGCUCUCUCUCCCAUCAACAUCAAUGGUAUUCAAAACAGCCUUCAGACUAUGUCUUUGACACGGACACCUUUUUCUGCAACCUGCUCCACUAAGAAAGGGUUGCAGGAAAAUGGCACUCCACUUGACAAAUUCAGUGCAAGAAGUUCUGUUUUGAAGAACUGUCUAGUUCAAGAAUACAUUGAUUUGUUAAAUAAUGCAAGCAGAGAGGAGCUACAAGAGUUAAAGGGCAUAGGAGACAAAAUGGCAGAUUACAUCAUAGACCUCAGAGAAGAAAGUCCAUUAAAAUCGUUAUGUGACCUGGAGAAGAUUGGUCUCUCUUUGAAGCAGGCUCAUAAUCUGUUCACUAAAGCUGCAAAGAAACUCUUCGAUGACAAAGCAGAAGAUUCAAUGCUCAAAUGAUUUUCAUUCUCAAAUAACAUUGUGUGUAACUUUCUUAGUCUUUUGGUGAAGAUGCUAGUGUAGUAGUUCCUUACUCUUUUCAAUUAAUUUGUAGCAUUGUUGCAGCUAGCAGCAUAUUUCAGUUUGUUGUGUAUGUGUAUUGUAAAUUUGUAGACAAAAACACAGAUUAUUUUACCUGCAUUAACAAAAAGGUGUGAUUCUUUCAAUGUA